CGCUGCUAUAUAGAGAUGUAACCUCAACCGUACACUAAACUUGGUGGUGGCAAUCAAGUGCUUUGGUCUUACGUAUUGGCAAAGUUUCAAGUUGGUUUCAAUAUGACGAAGCCGUGUGUAGUACCAAAGUGCAAAACGGGAAAUAGAAAUAUGAAACAACAGUGUUCCGUUUUUAAAGUGCCAAGAAAUAUUGAACAAUUUAAAGAAUGGCAAGCAGCAAUUCCUGACAUUGAAUUGAAGCAAUCACACUACGUUUGCGAGAAGCAUUUUGAGGAACAACGCGUUCUAAGAAAAUGGAUAAAACGCGACAACGAUGGUCGGAUUAUUACUCAAGUUGCCUAUGUGCGUCCACGGCUAGCCAAUUCAGCAGUUCCAACAAUAUUCGACAUCCCUUCUGAGGUGGAACAAGGUGCCUCAACAUUUCAAGAAACUCAGUUGCAGGAUAAUCUUGUCGAGAAUCAGGUUGAUUUGCCGCAAGAGUCCAUUCAACAUAAAGUUCCUCCGCCGAAGGUUCUUCCGCCGAAUGAGAUUGUUGGUAUCACAUCAACUGUGCAAAAUUAUGCAAUAGAUUCAGUGUCUACAAUGCCUACAGUGUUCACAGUGUGUGAUAGAAAUUUCAAUAUUUCAAGCACCACAAUCAACAAUGAGACUAGUAAAGUGGCUACGAUUAGUGAAAACGAAUCUAUCACCAUACCAAAAUCGUGGGCUGUUACGGAAUUCAAUGAGGAAGGAGGACAAAGCGUAGUCUUCUCACAUCUCGUAAAGAUGCGUAGAAAUAGUAUGCUUAUACCAGUAUUAGAAAGAAGUAUUAAGAUCAAUACUGAUAAAAUACUUCACUACUACGUUCAUGGACGUCCCGUGGAUCCAGAGAGAUGUCAACUCCCUCCAGUUUUGAAAGACACAUCGCUGCUGAACACUUUGGAGAGAUUCAAAAACAUGAAUAUUUGCAAUGGUCUAGGUGCUAUCAACGUUCAUCAUUUGUCGGUUAGUACUGCAUUCAAAGACUAUGUUGAAAGAUGGCAUGACAACAGCUGUACAAUGAUCUCGAAACAGAAAAGAUGUGACAGCUGCGUGAAGAAGAGGAAACAAAUAAUGCAGAUGGAAGCGAGAUCGAAAAAAACUGAAACAUUAAAGCGUAUACAUCAAGCGUCAAAUCCCAUCGAUCAAAAGAAGUUUAUUGUUUUACGGAAAGCGAAGUUCCGUGAAAGGCGCGCAAAAAACAACCUUAAGCGACGUAUACAAUCAUUCACGCAAUCAUUGAAAGAAAAAGCCGACGAAAUCGCUUCUUUUCGUGCCGAAACGUUGGACGAAAAGUGUUCAAAAUUGAAUAUUCCACCUGCGCAAAAUAUAGCACUCAGAGAAAUCAUCUCGGCUGCAUCGAAGAAAAGCCUGAAGAGUCGUCGUUACUCAGAUGAAUGGAUAAUGUUAUGCAUUUUAAUGAACAUACGUUCACCGAGCUAUUACGAGUUUCUUCGAAAAAACAAUGUUUUACCACUACCCUGUAUGAGAACAAUUCGCAAUUAGUUUUCGCUCAUUGAUAUGAAAUGCGGUUUUGAUGAACAGUUUGGGCAAUUAUUGAAACAGUAUUUUAAAGAUAAAUCUCCUCUGCAGCGACAUUGUGUACUUUUAUUGAAUGAAAUCAAUUUGAGAAAGUCUGUGACAGUCUGUUCAAGAAACUUGACUUACGUUGGUUUAACGGAUUUUGGUGAGGACGGACCACACUGUACGGACAUUCAAGAUCAAGCAACGCACGGUCUUGUUCUCAUGUUGCAGUCUAUUACAUAUUCGUAUACUCAACCAAUUGCUGUUUUUGCUUCAAAAAAGCCAGUUAAGAGCGAGGAACUUGCAAAGUUGCUGAUUAAAGCUAUUAUUUUUGUGGAAAAAAAUGGAGCACAAAUUCACGGCGUUAUUGCCGAUGGUGCAGCGACAAAUGUAAAAAUGUGGUCUUUGUUGGGUGUCUCAGGUGCAAUGAGGAACACAAAAACAUCGUUCACGCAUCCUGUCGAUAAGGACCGGAAAGUGUUCGUUUUUUCUGAUACACCUCACAUCAUCAAGAAUAUUCGAAACCGGCUCUACAAUAAAAACAAAUUGCGGAAAUCGUCGGAUAAAUACAUAUGCUGGGAUUACUUUAAGAUUUUAUUUGACCUCGACAGUAUACAUCCAGGAAAUGCCAGAGCUUGUCCUAAAAUAACGCGAAGGCAUAUUGUAUUGGACAACGCCUCGAAAAUGUGUGUUCGACUCGCGACACAGAUUUUUAGUAACUCUGUCGCACAAGGUCUGGCCUUUUAUUUGUCGCGUGGAGUCAAAUCUCUCGCUGGAUACGAGGAAACGAUUAAAUUCUGCACACAAAUAAAUGACAUGUUCGAUGCGUUAAAUCGAAAGUCUCCCAAUGAAGGUCUGACCCCAGAAACCAAAGACUUUAAGAUAUUGCAAGAUUCGCUCCAAUGGUUGAAUGAGUGGGAAUCUGCCAAGGAAAAAGGUGACAUAACGGCUGAUGAAUAUUUAACCACACAAACGUCGGAAGCAUUGCGAAUGUCUCUACAUUCAACGAUCGAUUUGUGCCGCUAUCUCAUCGAAAAAUUUGAUUUUAAAUAUUUAUUAACUGGAAAAGUCAACCAAGAUAACUUGGAGAAAUUCUUCGGCACUAUUCGUCAAGCCGCUGGGUCUAACGAUCAUCCAAGCUGUCCCACGUUCCUACAACUAUAUAAAGUACUGUCAAUAUACAGUAUAAUAAAACCUCCCAAAUUUGGAAACUGCUCCAUUUCCGAAAGGAUUCCCUCGCCGCAGAUUCUCCUCUCGUUACAGGAACUGAAGGAUAUUUACGGGUCGAAGUCUAAGGGAAAAAGUGCAAUGUAUCAGCAACACGUUCAGAAAAAAUUAGACCACAUUUUACAACACGAUGAUUGGGAAGCGGAUGACAUCAUAGAACAUAAUAAUCGCGAGCAUAAUAAUGCUUCCUCCGAAACUCUACAUCGUAUUAUAUAUUAUGUCACAGGUUUUUAUUUUAAUAUUUACUUCUUUCUUGCUUGAAAUCUUAACAAUCUGUAGAUAUGUAUAUUAUGUACAUAUAUAACUGUACUCUCUAAUAAUACUCAUUAUACUAAUUUCUUACUAAAUAUAUUAACAAUUGUUGCAUGCAAUGUUAGUACUA